UGCAGCGUUGUGAUUGGUUCCUUUGUUCCGGCGCCAAAAACCAGGAAGUGUGGUGGAAGCGCUGUAAGACGGGAGAAUUUCAUUGCUUUUAUUCCGUUACUUGUCUAACUUUGGUCUUACAUUUACUCACAUGGACACACCAUCUUAUUUUCCCGUACCUCCCGGUGUGGGGAUGGAGGACAAUUUUUUGUCUCUCGACGACAUUUUGCUCUCGCAAGAGAGGCUGCCUGUAAGGACGGAGUGCGUUUUCCCCCGACUUGGAUUUCUGGAGAAGUCUAGUGAUUCGCAGGACAUCCCAGAGGGCACAAAGAUGGAGCUUCCUCUGUGGCUCUGUAAGGGUCUAUAUGAGAAGAAGAGGAAGGUGUUGUCUGUGGAGCUUCCUAAAAUCUACAAAGAGGGCUGGAGGACCGUGUUCACAGCGGACCCCAACGUGGUGGACUUGCAUAAGAUGGGUCCCUACUACUACGGCUUGGGCUCCCAGAUGCUGCAUUUUGACAGUCCAGAAAAUCCAGACAUCGCAAAGACGUUGUUACAGACGUUCAUCGGCCGCUUUAGGCGAACAAUGGACUCCUCCCAGAAUGCCUACAAUGAAGACACGUCUGCGCUGGUGGGGCGACUGGACUGCUUGGAGAAGGUUCUGUUCAGGUCCGGUCAGAACGGCCUGAACGGCUUCCAGGGCUGGGAGAAGGGCCAGGCCGCACAGCUCACUGCCUCCAGCCUGGUUCUGAACUACCGCAAGAGGAAGCUCGUCGACGUUCAGUCCUGAACUCGGCCCGCUCGUAUCGGGUCAACAGACUGUCAGGAGCAGAUUUAUUCAGGAUGACAACGUCCUCCUCCAGACCUGACCCAAAGAGACUAGAGGGACAAGAACCCUGGCUGAAAUGUAGACAUGUUUAAUUGAUAAUUGAUCAGCAAGAUUUUUAGUGUAUAAAAAUUGUUUUUAUGUAUGAGAAGUAAAGGUUUUACAGUUUUAA